AUGAAGGCACAGCUCCGCCAGAUCACUUCGAAAAUUCAUCAGGCAACGAGCGCUGCACCGGAGAUCGAUCGCGUCUUUCAGGAAACGCAGAAGACACCCUUUACACCGCGCAUAGCCGGAACGCCUGUUAGGCACUUGGAGAAACUCAAGAUCAAGAUCUACAAAGGCAAUACCGACCCCCGACACUUUUUGACCUCGUUCGGAAUCUGCAUGAACCGAUACCAGUUCAGGUCAGCCGAGGAGAAUGAUGCGAUCCAGUGCCAACUGUUUGUCGAAAGUUUGGGAGGAAUAGCUCUCGACUGGUUCUCGGGACUCGAGGCGAACUCAAUAAACAACUAUAAAGAGCUAACAAUGGCUUUUGUCAAGCACUUCUCCAUGUUCAUCGGACAGAACACCAAGAACUUUGAAUUAUGGCAGAUGGCUCAAAGAGCAAACGAGAACCUUCGCGACUUCAUCCACCGCUUCAAAACGAUUGUCGCCAACUGCACGAUCAACAAUGAAGCCACCCUCUUAUAUUUACAGAAGGGAGCUCGGAUAAAAACGAGCUUCCAAAGUGCAAUCAAACACAACUCUCCGCAGACCUUGGAAGACGCGUUACACCGAGCUAACACUUACAUCGUGGAGGAAGAAGAGGAGGCAGCUCAUGAACAAAGUUACUCGGCAAAGCAACCCGAACGACCAAAGACUGACACUUAUCAACCACAAUCGGGUUAUGGCAGAGGGUACGAGAAUCGUAAAAAAUUACACGCCAACGCCAUCCAACAACCGACCAAUCAGUGGAACAAUAAAUGGAUCCGUAGCGAGUAA